CGAUCUUCAAAAUCGCUUUUCAACGUCAGCUAUGCCGACAUCUUGCCAAUUUACCAACAGAGGUGCUAUACGAUCGAGCCGACAUGGCUCAAACCCAAACCGAUUUGGCCGACAAUUCACCGAAACAUUCUCACUGGGCGCACAAAUGGUCGUCUUAUUACUCGCUUGUUGUCAAUGGCUUUUAUCAAUGAAACGCUUGUUGUUUUGAAAAGCACUUAACAAGUUUUCUGAGCCUACAUUGUACAUAUAUGCUGGAAUAGAUGACGACGGGCUUGGAACGCUGAAUCGCUGGACACCCGGACGAUGGCAAGUGUAAUCCGUCAGCGGUGGAGACUAAUUGGCAACUGAUUCCGAAGCCGAGCGGCGAGCUCAGCACCACACCUCGGCAAUUGAAGAAGUUUCAAUUAGUUGGCAUUUGACACUCACACAUGGAGAAGGCGAAUAAGCGGGGAUUGCGUUCCGUUGCCAGCUCACGCACACCGUCGCAGAGUGGGGGUGAUACCUGUACCAGUACAGGCGUACCUGUGCCCGCCGACAGGUAGCCGAUGGAUGGGCACACAAAAAGGGUGGAGGGCUGUAGACAUGGAGACAUGGAGACGUGUUGCUGUAGUGCUGUGGCCAGGCUAAGCCGCUUUUUAGCGCAACGCCGUCUGCCCGGAAUAUUAAUGAACUCCCUUUUGAGAAAAAUAUGAAAUGAAAUAAAAUUUUGUGGCCAACAAUAGCCGUGUCCACGUACCAGUCGUUUGUCGUCUCGCAAUUGGAAUUUGUCGUUUCGCAUCGGGGGCCCCCAAAAAUGCAUCGGCCAUGGCCACCACCACCACCAUGUCAGCUCCAAACACGGCGCAUGCGCAGCGAUGGCUACUUCCGCUCGCAGCUAUUGAAGAUGUUCAAGGAGUGCGAAGGUACAGGGAUCUUCACGGGACGAUUACCACGAAGCAACUAUAUAUUUAUGCACGAUUAUACAAAACAGUCACGUGCCGAACUUUUCUAUAUACAAGACAGCACAAACACCGGCCUGGGGACUUACACCUAUAUGCACACGUUUCCACCAUCGGGCACCUACGGGAAAUGCUUGGACGAUGAUCGCUUUCGAAGGUGAAAAGGAAGUUCUUUUUCUGCAGUAGGUAGACCUUGUAAGGUACAACAGGGCAUUAAAAAGAUUGGGUUUUUUGUAGACAGUUUUACUUAAGUAAAGUGGUAGAAUCAACAUAUUUUAAACGAAAUUGUCGCCAAGAAAACUAUUGGUUUUGAUAACUCGACAGAACUUAAGCUGCUUUUCAACAUUUAUUUGAACGGUAUAAUUCGCUGCUAAGCAAAGUGAUCAUUUUCAUUGAA